CUUCCCGUCUCCGAUCCAUCGACCGAGAAAGCUCCCAAAUCCCUCUCUCCCCAAAGCUUCCGGCUCCCCAAUCCCUCUCCUUCCAUUCUUGGAGACCCACCCUUUGGCCGUCCCCGUGACCGGAAUCCCAUGGAGAUCGUUGUUUUCGCGCCCCAGCAGGCCAACCCGGCUCAAGCGGCGGUGGCACAGACCAUGAACGCGGCGGCCAUGGCCGCCAUGCGGAAGCGCGGCGCCGCCAGCGCCAUCUCGGCGAGGAGGAAGACGCUCUGCGACAUCACCAACCUGAGGCAGCCGCUGGCGGCCGCGGCCGACGAGGGGCAGCAGGACGGGUCGAGGUGCGUGGAGCGGCUGGUCAAGAAGAAUUCAGAUCUUGUGAAGCUCCUGGAGGAGAGAGAGGCUGAGCUGCAGAAUCUGCGGCUGGCAAACUGGCAGCUUGCGCAGGCUAAUUCCCAGAUGUUAGCAGAGCUAAAUCUUGGAAAAAAUAGGCUGAAAUUGCUACAACACGGGCUUACCUGCUCGAGAGCUGCCCUCAAAGUAAAAUCGUCGAAACUUGAGGAGACAAAGAAAGCGCUGAAGAGCAGCAGACUCCAGCAACAGAAGAGCGCGAACGAGACGGCGCGGCACUUGGUCACCAAUAGAGCUGCUGCAGCUGCACCGCUCAAGGAUGGAGACGUGGAGCCCGCUUCAGAUGCGUCGUACGCCGCCAGUGCUAAAAAGUCUACCUGUAACGCCAGCCGGAAGAGGCUGCUGAGAUCUCGAUCUCUGGGACCUGCGGUGGCGCCGACGAAGCUGGUGGCGUCCAAGGAAACGGAGAGCGCACAGAGACGCAAGUCCAUGAGAAGGCCGCAGUCGAGUGGCCGCAGGGAAGACUUGUUCGAGAUAGAGGACGUUCAGCUCACCACCGGCGGUGGAGACGACAGGAAGGGGUCAACGUGGCAGCUGGAUUCGUCGGUGCAGUUCCCACGUAGAUCGUCGCUGGGGAGGCCACUCCGGCGGGCCACAGAGAAGGUCACCUCCUACAAGGAGAUGCCUGUCAAUAUUAAGCUUAGGAGGCCCUAAGCAGUAGCACAAGUUGGUUGCAGUUUUUUUGCAUCCAGUUAGAUAUGUAUGAUGAGUUGCGAUUCUUAAUUUAUUUUUUGCUGUCUUCUGCUUCUGCAGAUGCAAACAUUGUAAUUUUUUUGAAAAUCUAGAUUGUAGUGUGAAAGAA